CAUUAAACGGAGCAGGGCAGACAUUGUUGUGGCAACAGCCCAGCUCCGGAGGCUCAAGCGCCUGUAAUGAGCAGAUAACGGGUAGAAAAGGCGGCGGCGCCAUAAACAAGGCAACGGAUAUCUGUCCUCAUUCAACCGAAGCGCAGCGGAGAACACGCAGCCUGCCGACACGAUGCCACGGACGUGAAAACCCCACGACAUCUGCUAAGGUUUUUUUUUGUUUGUUUUUUGUUUUUUUGCAUCCGCCGGGAUAAACCUCAGUGAUUGUCUUUGUGUGCUCUGAGGUUAACACUUCCAGAGGAACCGCUGUCUUCUUGGACGACAAGGACUGUUGUUCUCCCAGGGGCCUUUGGAAAACACGUCCUGCUGCUGUGGAGAUGAUGAACUGACAUUAAUAGGUGCUUGCGGUGCAUCCUCUUACCCGGCCUCAUUAAGGGCGUAUUUUAACACAACUGAUGUCACUUUGCCUUGAAGGGGGCAAUCUAUAUAAAGACAUCACAUGUCUGCCUCUGUUUCCUCCUCCAGUGAUUGCAUGGUGACAUCUGGCUCAGAGUGGCUGCAGAGGAAGAUGAUGAGGAUGUGAUAACUGUCAUUUGAGCAUCAGAUAAAGCAGCAUUUUAGCAGUUUCUCAGGGAGUCUUUGGGUUUUCUUGUACAAAAUGGGCAGUGAGGGUGAGAUCAUAAGUAGAGAGCUGUCAAAGGUAUCUGAUGAGGAUUUGCUGGCCUGCUCCAAAGAGGAGCUGGUGAGCCGGUUGCGUAAGGAGGAGUCAGAGAAGAUCUCUGCUCUGAUCCAGCGAGGCAGGCUCAUCAAGGAGGUCAACAAGCAGCUGCAGGGGCACCUCCUGGAAAUCAGGGAACUAAAAGUCAUCAACCAGCGCCUGCAGGAGGAGAACACCGAGUUGCGGGACCUGUGCUGCUUCCUGGACGACGACAGGCUCAAGGUGAAGAAGCUGGCCCGGGAGUGGCAGCUUUUUGGUCACCAUGCCGCCAAGGUGAUGCGGGAGGACCUGGGUGGCUACCUGAAGAAGCUGGCUGACCUGGAGCGCAUGCAGGACGGGCUGGUGAAGGAGAACCUGGAUCUGAAGGAGCUGUGCCUGGUGCUGGAGGAGGAGUGUGUGAGCAGGAGUGACUCCAGCCCCGGCGGGUCCACGGAGCUCAAUCUGCCAUGCAUGGUGGCCCGGGACUUGGGGGACGGGAGCUCCAGCACAGGCAGCGUGGGAAGUCCAGACCAGCUCCACCUGGUGUGCUCACCAGAUGACUGACAGUCGGUGGAAGGACUUCUCUGCCUUGGACUCAUUAUAAUGUAUGGAUAGACGAAACAGGAGAGAUUAAAGGGAUAGUUCAGGAUUUUUUUUUUUUAAAUUGGGUCUAUGUCAAAAGGUCAAUAGAUGUUAUUAUCUUACCAACAGUAAAUAACUGAGUGGUGCAUUAUAUUUUUCAAGAUUCAAAUCUGUAAAUAUCUUUGGCAUUUCUAUACCAUUUUGUACAUUUUUGUGCAACACAUUAAUGUAGAUGGUUUAUAUUAUCUCUGUUCAUGAGGUUGUUAAAAUGCCAAAGUUGGCUUCUGACUAACACUGUGGUAAAGGGCUAUUUCACAGCUUUUAUUGGCAUGCUGAAAAAGAAGUAGAUCAACUUUUAUUUAAACGCUACACAUUUAAGACUUUUAAAAACUGGAUUUGGUUAUCUUACAAUGAACAUAGAUCAUUUAAUUUAACAUGUCCUCAUCUACAUUGUCAGUAAAAUAGAGAAGAAUUUUUAUCACAUUUUUAUCUUUUAAAUAGGGGAAUUAGGACAAGACCAAAGAGGGCCUUAAAAAUAUAAUAGCCUUAGAUAGCAUUUUAUUGGUACACUAUUCAUAAACUUGCAAAACACUGUCAGUUAUUACAAAAAAAAAACAAUUAUUCCCACAAGGAAAAUUGGUUGGAGGUGGUG